GUAGGUGUCCCUCAGUACAAGGCAGCAGGCGGCCAAAUUCCCAGAGCUGUGGGGUUGGGAGGAGUGGAAACUGGGACAUACUGGGAGGCAGUGAGGCGUGACUCACCCAACUCUGCCUGCCCUCAGUGUGCAGUGGGGACUACGCUGAGCCCGACCUGACCAAGUCCACCCCUCACCAAGGCUUCCAGAACAACGUCCCCCACUACGCCGAGACCGACAUCGUGCACCUGCAGGGCGUGACAGGCAACAACAUGUACGCUGUGCCAGCCCUGACCGUGGACUCCCUCACCAAGAAGGACAUCUCCGUUGGGGAGUUCCCCCGGCAGCAGCUGCGCCUCAAGGAGAAGCUGGGGGAAGGACAGUUUGGAGAGGUGCACCUCUGUGAAGCUGAUGGCCUGCUGGAAUUCCUGGGAGUCUCAUCCUCAGAAUUCACUCACCAGCCAGUUCUUGUGGCAGUGAAAAUGCUGAGAUCAGAUGUCAACAAAACAGCCAGGAAUGAUUUCCUGAAGGAGAUCAAGAUCAUGUCCAGGCUGAAGAACCCGAACAUCAUCCGGCUGCUGGGCGUGUGCGUGCGGGACGACCCCCUGUGCAUGAUCACAGAGUACAUGGAGAACGGGGACCUCAACCAGUUCCUGUCCCACAGGGAGAUCUACAGCAAAUUUGCCAUUUCAAACAACAUCCCCUGUGUCACGUAAGAGAAGCUGCUUGACUUGUUGGGAUAAAUCAGCAAAACAGAGCUGCAGUUUUAUCUGCUGUGCCUGCCCAGCAGGGAC